AUGGUAUUUAACUUUAAAAAUAAAAAAAAAGAAAAAGGAUCAGAUAAGUUAAAUAAAAGUUUUAAUAAUGAUAGUAAAAAUAAGAGCGAAAAUGAAAAAAGAGACAAGAAUAAUUCUUGGUAUAAAAAAAUAGUUGAUAAUACAAAAAAUAAAGAUAAAAAUGAAAAUAAGAAAGAAGAUAAUGAAGAUAAUAAUUUAAAAAUUAAAGAAAAAAAUCAUAAUCAUGAGUUAGAAGAGCAGCUUAGGGAGACAAUAAAAUCAAUAACAACAUUAUCAUCAAGAAUUGUUAGUUAUGAAUAUAAAAUUCAAGAAUUGGAAAAGGAAUUAAAAGAAGAAAAGAGCAAAAAAAUAGAUAACAAAUAUGAAAGUGAACUAAAAGAAAAAGAAAUUUUUGUUAGACAAAAAAGUUCUAUGUUAAAUGAAAAGGAAAAUCUUUUAAAAGAAAAAGAAUUAGAUAUAAAUAUGAGAGAAAAGAAAAUUAAUGACAAAGAAAAAUUAAUUUCAAAAAGAGAAGAAAAAUUAAAUAAUAUAGAAAUGGAAUACAUUGAAAAAAUAAAUGAAAAAGAAAGACUGGAAUUUGAAAUAGUUGAUAUAAAGAAAUUAGUGGAAAAAUUAAAUUUUGAUAUAAAAAAUAAAAAGGAAAAUUUAGAAACUAUUACUAACAAAGUUGUAUCAAAAGAAGAAAUUUUAAAGGAUCUGAAAGAACAUAUACAAGAAGAAAAUGAAAUUAUCAACUCUCUGAAGGAAAAGAUAAAUGAAAAAGAAAAAAUAUACCAAGAAUUGGAUACGAAAAUUGAAGAAAAAAGAGAGAAACUAGAGUUCUUAGAUAGUAGAGCUAAUGAAAAAGAAAAAUAUUUUGAGAAAAAGUCAAAGGAAUUACAAAAAGAGAAAAAUUAUAUUUUAGAAAAAUUAAAUUCAAUUAAAAUACGGGAAAAAGAUAUAGAAAAAAGAGAAAAUAAUUUCCUACAUAUGGAAAAUGAAUUAAAUGAUUUAAAAAAUAGUUUUUUAAAAAAUAACAGUCAACUAAAACUAUAUAGAGAAGAAAUAAAGAAUUUAAAUAACACAUUAGAAGAAAAAGAAAAAGAAUUAAUAGAAUUAAAAAACAUUCAUAAGGAUGAAAUAAGUUUUAUAAAAGAUCAAUUAAAAGAGAAAGAAAGAGAAAUAAUCAAUUUUUGCAGUAGUCACAAAGAUAUGAAUGAUUUAAAGGAUGAAUUAAAAAAAUCAGAAAAUGUAAAUAAAAGUGAAGAGAAUAACUUUCAUAAUAUAUUAAAAAUGAAAGAAAAUGAAAUAGAGAACUUAAAAAAUGAGUAUAAGGUAGAAAUUGAUAAUAUAAGUAAUGAAUUAAAUGAAAAAAAUAGAGAAUUUAUUGAAUUAAAAAACAAUUAUAUUAAUGAAAUAAAUAAUUUGAACGAUGAAAUGGAAGAAUAUGAGAAAAAAAUAAAUGAAUUAAGGAAUAAUUAUGAAAGUGAGAUAAAUAAAUUAAAAAAUGAGAUAGAAGAGAAAGAGAAUAAUAUUUCAGAAAUAGAAAAUAAUUACAAAAAUGAAAUAAAUGAUUUAAAACAAAAAAUAUUAGAUAAGGAUAAUAAUCUUAACAUAAACGAAGAAUUAUAUGGUUUAAGAAAUACAUUAGAUAUCAAAGAAAAAGAGUUGUUAGAAAAGAAUGAGGAUUAUAACAGAAAAAUAAAAAUGUUAAACGAUAAAUUAGAUAUGAAACAGAAAUAUUUUGAAGAAGAAUUAAAUGAUGCACUUAUAAAAUCACAUGAAAAACAGCAAAUUUUAAUUGAUCAAAUUGAUACUUUAAAAGAUUUUAAAUUAAAGAGUGAAGAACAUUUAAAAUUAUAUAAUGAUAAAAUACAGUUACUAAGUAAUAUCUGCAGAAUAUUUAAUAUAAAUUAUUACGAUGAAAUGAAAAAUAAUGAAUUAAUUGAAAAUAUUGAAGAAUAUAUAAAUAAAAAAGAUGAAACGAUAAAAAGCUUAAAAAUUAAAAUGAAUUCAAUUUAUGAACAAAAAAAGGAAGAAGGAAAUUUAAAGGAUGAAGAUGAAAUUAUGAAUUUAGGUGACUUAUUUGAAGAAGACACAUUUGACAAUAAGAAAAUAUAUAGUUUGAAAAGAAAAAUAGAUGAAUUAAAUGAAAAAUAUAAAGAGCUGAAAAAAAAAUAUAAAAAUGAUUUGCUUUUAAAAAAAAAAGAAGUAGAAGAUUCUCAUGAAAGAAUAUCCGAGUUGAAUAAUGAAAUUAAGAUUUUACAAGAUAAAAUCUUCCAAUACAAUAAAGGCGAUUUAGAAAUAAAAUUGGGUUCAUAUAUUAAUGAAAUUAAUGAUUUGAGUUCAUCUAUGAAUGAACUUAAAAUUAAGAAUGAUGAAGAAAAAAUAAAAAGAGACGAUGAAAUAAAGAGAUUAAAUGAAGAGCUAUUAAAAUACAAAUUUAUUUUGAACUCAAAAAGUUUAAAAGAUGAAAAUAAAGAUAUCAGAAAAUCAAAAAAAGAUAAUUUGAAAACUAAAAGUGAUAAUGAAUAUAAUUUUGACACUGAUAAGGGAAGUGAACACAAUUUGAAAAGUUUUUUAAGUUCACAAAUUGAAAAAUUAAAAAGAGAAAAUGAUACAUUAAAAAAAGACAAUGAAGAAAAAGAAUCAGCUAAUAUGAAUAGCAUUCAAAUUGAAAAAUAUAGGAAAAAAUUAAAAAAUGAUGAAAAAAUAAUUGAUGAAUUAAAAAAAAAAAUAUUUACCUUAAGUAGUGAAGUAAUGAAACUUAAAAAUGUUAAAAAUGAAUUGUCUGAAAAAAAUAACGAUACAGUGAAAGGAGGAGAGAAAAAAAAGAAGAGGGAAUUAGAAAAAUUACAAAAAGAAAUAGAAAAAUUAAAGGAAGAUAAUAAUAAUUUGAAAAAUCGUGUACAUGAACUGAAAAAAGAAUUUCAUACUAAAGAAAAUAAUUAUAUUAUUAAAAUUAAUGAAAGUAAGAAUAUAAUAGAAAAUUUAAAACAAGCAAUUAACGAAAAUGAAAAUGAUAUCAAAAAUGUAGAAGAUGAGAAAAAAAAUUAUAUAAAUGAAAUAAACAAUUUAAAAGACAAAUAUGAAGUAUUAAAAUUAAAAUAUGAUGAAUUAAAUAAAAAUUUUAUUUCAUUAAAUAGUUUUUCUAAAAAUGAAGAAAAUGAGAAUCAAAUACAAAAUAAUAAAGUAUAUAGUGAUGAAAACAGAAAAAUCCAUACUACUAAUGACAGUAAUGAAAUACAUUUAAAUAAUGAUGAAACAAUUAGUAUGGAAUAUUCUAAAAAGGAUUUAAUAAAACUAAAUGAGAAAAAUACUCACGAAGAAAAAAGGAAAUGUAUAAUUAGUAAUCAUAGUUAUAAAAAAAAUAAUGAGGUAAUAAUAAAUAACUAUGAAAAAGAGAUAAAACAUUUAAAAGAAGAAAUAAACAAAUUAAGUUUAUUAUACAGCAGUGAAUUAAACGAAAAGAACAGUUAUGAUAUAAAAAUAAAAGAUUUAGAUAACAAAUUAAAAGAAUUACAAGUAAAGGACAAGGAAAAUAUAGAGAUAAUAAUAUCUUUAACAAAAAAAAAUGAGCAAUUGAAAAUAAAAAAUGAUAAAUUAAAAUUAACUAAAUCAUCAAAAAGUGAAACUUCUUUAAAUUUAAAUAAUAAUAUUGAAAAUAAACUAAAUACGGAAAUCGAUGGAAAAAUGAAAAUUAAUAAAUAUACUGAUGACAUAAGACCAAUUAAAACAUAUAAAACAUUUUUGCUAGAACCAAAAGAAAAUGCAUACUUAUCAGAAAGCAUUAAUAAAUUAGAAGAAAAUAAUUUUCGUUUAAUGAAAAUUAUUAAUGAAAAUAAAAAUAUGCAUAGUGACAAAAUAGUUGGGUCAUAUUUUUAUUCUAAAAAUGUAGAAAAUUUAUGUAAAGUAGAGAAUAUAAAUACUCAUAUAGAAAAUGCUAAUGAAAAUAUUAUUAUAGUUAUAUGUGUUGUUUUAAAAGAAAUAAUUAACUUCUUAUUUUUAAAUGAUAAUUUUGUUGAUAUAUUUGAAAAUAUAAACAAGAACAUAUGGAAGCACAUGUUUAUACCUGAAGAAAUUAAGUCUUUUGUUCUAAAAUAUUUUAAUUUUUUAAAUAAAAUAAGGAAUUAUGUAAAAAGAUUAAAUGAUAAAUUUAACAGAGAAAAAUAUGAUAAUUCAUGGUUUUUAUUUCAAAAUUAUUUUGAAAAAUCCAGUGAUAUAAAAGAUGAAAUGAUAUAUUUUUUUUUAGAAAAAAAAAAUGAAAUUCCUAAUAAUAAUACAAAAGAAAAAAAAAUUACCGAUAUAUUAAAUUUUUCUAAAGAUGAAAUAAGGCUAAAAACAAUAGCACAAUUAAGAAAAGAAUUAAGUUUUGAAAAAAAAUCUAAAAAAAUAUUAAAUCAUGAUUAUCACAGCUUGCUAUAUAAAUACGAAGAAACUGUAAAAAAAUUGAAGAAAGUAAAACAUAUGAUAAGAGAAUUAAAUUUAAUUGAAACUUACAAGAAUUAUAGCAUGAAUAGUAAAUUAGAUAUAGAUUCAGAAGCUAGUAAUGAAAAUAUUUAUAAUUUAACAAAAAAUGAAGAUAUUAAUAAAAAUUAUACUUUAUCUAAUAAUAAAACAAAAUUAACAAAUAGAGAAAACAACUUAAUUAAUCAAAUAAAUAUUUCGAAACAAAAUGAAAUUUCAAGUGUAAAUAAUAAUAUUAUAUAUAAAAACAAUAUAAAUAAUUUUGAAAAAAUAAAUCGAGCAAAUAUUCAUAUGAAAAAAAAUAAUAACAUUUUUAAUGAAACUCUUGAAAGAAAAAAUAUAAAUUUUAUUCAUAAAAAUCCGUUCUACUAA